AACUUUUUUUACUUUAUGCUGGGCUGCACUGCUGGCGCGUCUCGUCCCAGCCGGGAUUAGGCAUAUCCGCAAAUCUCAAAUCAAGCUCUCCCUCCAGUUGGCGCUCACCUCCAAGUGGUCACCUCCUGAAUCCCAACAGCAAUCCUGCCAGCGCUCGCCAUUCCAACGCAUCAUUCCCGCAACGUCGAUGGUCUAACCCCGAAUUAAGAAGGCGAUUUUCGAUCCCACAGUUAUCCGUCAUGGGUCUUGCUCGGCCUGUCAGGGUCCUUGGCCUGGCGGCCAUCGUGAUGUGGCUCCUUUUCCUCUACCAAAUCUUCAAGCCUAGCACCCCCAUAACGAAGCCCAGCGAAUUGGAUCGCAACGAGAGAGAUCCCAACCUAGAUCCUACCAGUGAACCUGAAGGGGUCCUCCAUCGUGCGUCAGAGGCGUACGCUCCGGGCAUCGAGAACUCGGCUCGGAUCAAUGCUACUAUCCUAUCACUAGUGCGCAAUGAGGAGUUGGAGACAAUGCUGCAAUCUAUGCGAGAUCUCGAGCGCACGUGGAACCACAAAUUCAACUACCCGUGGACAUUCUUCAACGAUGUCCCCUUUACUGAGGAGUUCAAACGGAAGACGAAGGAGGUUACAAAUGCAGAGUGCAGAUACGAACUAAUUCCGAAGGAGCACUGGGAGAUGCCGUCUUGGAUCAACAAAGAUCUUUACAUGGAGUCGGUCAGGAUCCUGAAGGAGAACGAGAUCCAGUACGCCGACAAGGUUUCGUAUCAUCAGAUGUGCCGGUGGAACAGCGGCUUGUUUUACAAGCACCCCGCACUCGCCAACAUACAGUACUACUGGCGAGUCGAGCCUAAAGUCCACUUCUUCUGCGAUGUCGAUUACGAUGUGUUCCGCUUCAUGCAGGAUCACAACAAGACCUACGGUUUCACCAUCAGCCUCUACGAUGCGCCGAAGUCUAUCCCGAGCCUGUGGCCCGAGACCGUCAAGUUCAUAGCCGAGUAUCCCGAAUAUAUCCACAAGAACAACGCCAUGGCGUGGCUGACGGAUAAGGAGGGCCGCCCGGAGCACUACAACAAGGCAAACGGCUACUCGACAUGCCAUUUCUGGACCAAUUUCGAGAUUGCAGAUAUGAACUUCUGGCGCAGUAAGCCUUAUGAGGACUACUUCAACCACCUGGACCGCGCCGGCGGGUUCUUCUACGAGCGCUGGGGCGACGCCCCCGUCCACAGCAUUGCAUUGGCGAUGAUGGAGGAUUCGAGCAGGAUCCAUUGGUUCCGCGAUAUCGGCUACCAGCACAUUCCCUUCUUCAACUGCCCCAACUCGCCCAAAUGCAAGGGUUGUGUAACCGGUCGCAUCACGGAUGGUGAGGCUUGGCUCACCAAAGAGGACUGCAGACCAAACUGGUUCAAAUAUGUGGGCUACGGUUGAAGUUUUUACGGUGUUGUUGCUAUUGGGACUUGGCUUUCGAUCUGUUUUGAUAAAAAACGUCCAGGCAUAUAUAUACAUACUACGCGGGCAUUACGGUCGGGUGUGGAGGGUGUCUGGCGCAGGUCGUGGUUUAUAAUCUUCAUGUUUUAAUGCUGUAGACUAGCGCUGGUUUUGCAUUAAGUGGUUGGCAUAGACAGCCCGGUAUCAAAAGCCUC